UACCGCGUGCGCCUCAUCAAUGCUGAGAUAGAUAUUUUCUUCAUGUUCUCCAUCGAUAACCACACCAUGGAAGCCAUUGCGAACGACUUGGUUCCCAUUCAGCCGUUCAACACGAGCAUCGUCAGCAUUGGCAUUGGCCAAAGGUAUGAUGUUAUCAUCCAUGCAGACCAGUCCGACACUGCAGACAACUUCUGGAUCCGCGCCGUCCCCCAGACCUCCUGCUCUUCCACCAACUCCAUGGAGCAUGUCAUCCUCGGCAUCGUCUACUACGGCACAAGCCCGUCUACACCCGACACCACGGGCUACAACAAGACCGACAGCUGCGACGACAUCUCCAGCACCGAUCUGGUCCCCUACGUGUCCAAGACGGUGGAUUCGGCAGCUAUCUGGGCCGAGGAGGAGCCUGUGACGAUCGGCGCGGCGCCGACCAACUCCAACCUCCUGUGGUGGUCCGUGAACGGCGCCACCCUGGACAUGUCGUGGUUGAACCCA